UACCGGGAGUGCUGUGACCGGUUGAGGAUGCAGAAAGGCCUGAAAAAGUACUUCGUCAACAUGGACGAGUACCUGAGCAGCCUGAGCCUCUACCGGAAGAUGGUGGCGCGAGACGCAUCCAGCCUGUUCAGAGCCGUGUCGGAACAGUUGUACUACUCUCAGAACUACCAUCAGAGGAUCCGUCAGGACUGCGCUGACUUCAUGAGAGCCAACAGAUGCAACUUUGAACCGUUUGUUGAAGGAUCCUUUGAGAAAUAUCUGGAACGCCUGGAGGACCCCAAGGAGACGGUGGGUCAGGUGGAGAUCAAGGCUCUGUCUCAGCUGUACAGACGCUGUUUCCUGAUCUACCGUUACCCGGGGAAACCAGCCACCGUCAUCUCGGAGGAAGACUGUGUUGACAAGGUGACGCUGUGUUGCUCCAUCAAUGGUCACUAUGACAUAGUUUACCCGAGGACGUACCCCGUCUCUGCUGCUGUCUGUCAGUCUCUUUUCUAUGAGCUGCUCUACACUCAGGUGUUUGGGUUUGAGGAGGCGGAGCUCUGUCAGGCCAUGGAGGCCUUCAGGGUCGGCGGUCGGCGCUAUAGAAACAGCCCAUCUGUGUGUAGCGAUGUCGAUUUUGGCUAUGAGACACCUGAGGACCGAUGUCACAGGGAGGAGGCGGAGUCGUGUGGAGCUGCUGACGAUAAACUGCACAGUGUGACCGCUGAGGAGAAGCCUCCUGCUGAAGCCCCGCCCCCUUCCAGACUGUCUCUACCUUACAAGGUCAUGAAGUCUCUCGAUGGAGAAGCAUACAGGAACCUGGAGUUUGACGUGUGGCAGGACACCUGUAAAGAAAUGCAGAAGACUGACUACAUGGUGUUUGCGGGGAGGCAGUACUUCCUGGGAGACAAGUGUCAGGUGCGUCUGGAGCCAAAGGGAAAGUACUACAACGCCUUCAUCCAGGAAGUAGGAACGCACGCGGCGGCCGUCACCGUCUUUAUUGAAGAGCUGGGAGAGAAACACCUGGUUCCUCUGACGGACCUGAAGCCAGUCAACCCAGUUCCAGCCUGGAACGUCGCUGCUCCGAUCAGGAAGGGAGACCUGGACGUCGACUCUCGUGGUCAGCGACAUCACCGCCAUCGCUACUUCAGGAAGUCUCGUGGCAACAGCGGGUUGAAGGGGGCGGAGCUUCUGAUGUCGCCGACUUCCUACGGAGGCCCGACUUCCUCCGCCCUGCCCCCCCGCUUCCAGCCAGCAGGCCACCCUCGCCCGCCACCCCCCCUGUCACCAGGAACCAUGACCUAUGACCCCUACGCCCCCCCCCACCACCACCCCCCACCCAGACCUCCUCGCUACGGAGCCUCCAGAAGCUCCACCCGUUUCCUGAACCGUCACCUGAUUGGCCCUCAGUUGACCUAUUACCACCCUGGAAGGAGGUAUUACCAUGACUACGAGAGCUAUGCCUUCAGGUCACGCCGUAGUCGUCGUCAGCUGGCGGCUGCCUUGAACAAAGACUGUCAGUUUGGGUUCCCAGCGGAGGUGGAGGAGGAGACGUCUGACUUGGAGGCCAACAUCACCUUCUAUCAGCUGGACGACCGCGACGGUGUCUUCCCCCCGCUGGCGGGUCCCGCUGUGCCCCCCCCCUCCAUAGGAGCCCCGCCCCCUCCCAACGGCUCCGCCUACAGAGUUCAGAGAGGGGCGGGGCCUGCACCUCCACUUGGGAGCCCCCCCAUCUGUUCGUCCGAGGAGGACCAGGAGGAUGCCAGCACCGUAGAGGACCAGGCAGAGUACACAGAGGACUACAUCUACAUCACUCAAGAUCAGAACUACCAGACCUCAGGUGUUUACACUGCUGCUGAGCCCUCCAACAAGGACGAACAGGAAAGAGGAACUACUGAUUCGCCACCGAGACCAGAGAUGAACUACAGCUACACACAGCAGGUGGUGAAACCAUUAGUAAUCUGCUCUUCACCCUCGUCUUCCUCCUCCUCACCCUCUUCUCCAUCACGUGUACCUGCCACUGCCCACCUGCCGGCAGCCACACAGACACGCUCAGUUGCCAUGGGGAUUCCAGCCUCUUCUCCCUGGUUGGUUAAUGAGUUGGGUGAGCCCGUCUGCACCAUGGUAGCGCCGCCCGCUUACUCCUACGAUCCUAACGGCAGUGAUUUACCCAGAGACUGCAGAGUCCUCCAGUAUUACUUCAAUUUAGGAGUCCAGUGGUACCAUCAGAGCUAUUGGCAGCAACAGCAGCAGGCGUACCCUGCCACCUCACCAGAGGCCUCCUACCCUUACCAGCACUACACCCCCUACCUGAACCAGGAGCCCCUGCAUGCCGCCCCCCCGCUCUACCCAGAAGACGACUCGAGGCCUCCAUCAAACCUCCUCCUACUACCCAGAAUCCACCAGGGCAGGAGAUGGACAGACGGACGGACACAGCGGUGGCGAAGGCCCCUCCACUUCAACUAGCCCAGCCCCUCCUUGCUCCGCCUCCUCCUCUUCUCUCCUGUACCACGAUCAAACACCUCUCCCCCCUCAGUCGCUGCUGCACCUGCCGUACGAAGCCCCGCCCCCCACCACCUACAUGCCAUCAGCUCCCCCCCCCCUUCCUCACCUCACCCAUCACUCCUCUUACCAUACCUGCCUCCCUCCCUCUGCCCACUGGGGUGCACUGCAGACUGGAGGCCACGGCACCCGGGUCUACUGCCCCACUUCUAACCCCACCCACGUGGUCGGUUACAUCACAGCGCCGCCAACGCACUACAUCUCACCCCCCAUCUAACACGCCCCUUGUGUUCCAUGAAAAGGGCUAACUGCUAAAGAGUUGGCAGAAAAAGUAACGUUGGUGAUUAAAACAACAUUUGAGAAUAACAACCAAAGAAACAUUAACAUUUUAAUGUUGAAAGAUGUUAUGAAAACAAGUUUGUCAGCGUGGUCGUGUUUGAUUCACGCGCUAAAGGAGAGUUUUAGUUUUUCACUUAUUUGUUGGUUGUGACUGAACAGAUCGUUUCAUGGAGGUUGAUUAGUUUAAUUUGUCAACCGGUCAAAGGGGGGGUGACUGUCCCUGUUUAUCGAGGGAUCUAUUUGUGUUUGAGUCUGUUCAAACUGGUUUUCUUUUCUUUCUGGGUGAAUAAAGUUUGUUUCACCAGCAGUUAA